AUGGAUGCAGGGCAGAAAGAGCCCUUUGUUGUCAAAGCCGCGCAUCAGCAAGCCCUUUUGGAUGACUUGGAAAAGACACCACUUGAUUCGGCGGCUGCAACCGCAGCCAAGGCCGAGGACAGGGAGGCUGCUUCUGCUUCAGAGGGUGCUUGGAAAAAUGCUUGCAAGAAGAGAUCGUACAGACGGCUGGAACUGAAUACACAAGCAUUUCAAAAGCAUGAGCUUUGGGAGAUCCCGACACAGCUGGGAGACGGCCUGGGUGCGCUGAAGGCAUCUUUGAUAGACAUCAAAUCGAGUGACGAUGAUAUCUUUCGCUCCUUGACAGAGACGAUGCACAAGCCUCUUUCGGUUCCACAGGCGGACGCCGGCGACUUGGAGGAGGAGGAGGAACCUCAAAGUCAGGCUCAGUGUUGUCCCGAGCUUUGCAUGCAGCACCCGUUGUUCGGGGUUGUGGAGGAAUGGAGAACUCGCCUGCGACGGCAGCUUGAGCACCGGAAUAUCAAAUCAAGUGCUUUGGUGACUUUCACAAGCACUGCUUUCCCCAACUGCCUUGCGUAUGUUUUGGGUGUCGCGCUCAAGAGGCCCGCCUUGCGUAUGCUGAUGAACGUAUCCGUGACAGAGUCCGAGGUAAAGUUCGAGUUGAGUCACGGUGCUCCGAUCGUUGAAACCGACCGGCAGGUGAUGCUGCAGCUGCUCAACUUGGCUGGUGGUGCAAGCAACACUUGCGUCCAGGUGGAGGUCUGGAGCCUCCAAGCGAAGAUUCGCGCACCGGUUGAGCUUUAUGCU